AUGGAAAGGUUAUUAGCCAUGCAGAGAAUACAGCGCCAAAAUGACAUUCUUCAACAGUUCCAUAUGAAACUGAGGGCAGAUACGGACCCACAACCUGUGACAAAUUAUUUGUAUCAAGCGAAAAUUAUUGAUGAAUACGCCUUGGAGAUACUUUCACUGCAAACACGUCGGAAUAAGAAUAAGGCUUUGCUCAUUAAGCUCAGAAAAGUAGAAGACCCGAAUGCUUUCUCAGGGUUUGUGAAUGGAUUGGAAAAGGAACAACCUCAUCUGGCUUGCAUUCUUUUGAAAGAAGGUUAAUGACGACAACUGUUUUUUUCUGCCAGGGGUGAUCAGAGUAUAAAACUUGAUCAUAGAGGAAAACUGAUGCUAUAUAUUUGCGGGUUUUUUUGCAGAGAAUAGUAGACUCUACAAAUUAGAAAAAGAGCUUGUAACUGAACGGUUGCUGGUAUUGGAAACAAAGAAGGAGGAGCUUAAGACCAAGUGCAAGAGUUUAGAAGAACAGUUGCAGUUCUGGCCGAGAACUUUACAGGACAGCAAUUUGGAAAGAUCAGGCUAUGAUGAAAGGAGCGGCGCUGCUGCUUUAAGUGUCAACGAAGACGACAUC